ACAGCGCGCGGGCGGGGCGGGCCUAGCGAGGCCUGGGGUCUGGGCGGUGGGCCAGCACUGACGAGGGCCAGCGGUACGGGGCUGCGUCCCGAGGAGGCGGCACUAGCGGCUCCUUCCCAUUUCCUUUCCUUUCUCCCGUCUUCUCAGUGUGGUUUUCUUGGUCUUGACUUUAUUAGACGAACAGCCUAACCAAGAAGGAGAAGCCUUUUCAAUGGGCACUUGGAUUUUUGCCCCCCCCCCUUCCUUUGGUGUCCCUUUUAGAAAAUGGCCUUAGAAUCGGUUUAUUCCUUUGGCACCAUUUGAUCUUCCAUGAACCGACUUAUACCAAAAUGACUGCUGAAAGAAGCUGUUAGAAGCCUUUGCCUUCCAGAGGCUCUAAAAGACAUUUUGGCAGUAUGAUUUGGGCCGGAUGAUAAUGAUUCUGAACCAAACUUGUAAUAGGGGCCACUCUGCCCAAAGGGAGUAAGGAUUCUCAAAGAUAGAAAAGGCCAGUUUUGGUCGUCUUACUGCCAGGUGCUCGGUGGAGGGAUCAAAACAGCAUGGUGGCUUGGUUAACUUAGGCUAUGCUGAAUGUAUCGUCUCUCUCAGUGAAUUUAACUAGGGCUAAAGCCAGUUUUUAGGUUGGCUUGGGCAGAACAGUGAAAAGAGAAUGCUCCACUUGAACCGAUGUCAGCAUCUGAAACAAAUAACUCAGAGAUGUUUUCCCAGUAUGCAUGUUAAAAUGGAUAAACAUGCACAGCUAUUUCUUUCAAGACCCUUUGCACUUGCAGAAUUAAGGAAGUCGUGGCGCUCAAUCUCCUCUCUCAUGGGAGACAAAAAUAUUGUCCUGAUGGGACCACCCGGUGCUGGGAAAACAACAGUAGGCAGAAUAAUAGGUCAGAAACUAGGUUGUUGUGUCAUAGAUGUGGAUGAUGAUAUCCUUGAAAAAACCUGGAAUAUGAGUGUAUCUGAAAAAUUACAGGAUGUUGGUAAUGAACAGUUUUUAGAAGAGGAAGGAAGAGCUGUGUUAAACCUGUCUGCAUCUGGAAGUGUGAUUUCCCUUACUGGGUCCAAUCCAAUGCAUGAUGGUAGCAUGUGGCAUCUAAAGAAAAAUGGGAUAAUUGUAUAUCUGGAUGUACCGCUAAUAGAUAUAGUUGGUCGCCUAAAAUUAAUGAAAAUAGAUAGGAUUGUGGGUCAGAAUUCUGGAACAUCUAUGAAAGACCUACUUAAAUUUAGAAGACAGUAUUAUAAGAAGUGGUACGAUACUCGUGUGUUUUGUGAAAGUGGGGCUUCCCCAGAGGAGGUAGCUGACAAAGUGCUGAAUGCAGUUAAGAGAUACCAAGACGUGGACUCAGAAACAUUCAUUUCCACAAGGCACAUUUGGCCUAAAGACUGUGAACAGAAGGUUCCAACAAAAUUCUUUAGUGAUGCUGUGAUUGAGGGGUUAGCUUCUGAUGGUGGACUUUUUGUUCCUGAAAAGGAGUUUCCAAAAUUAAACUGGAGGGAGUGGAAAAGCCUUGUAGGAGCAACUUACAUAGAAAGAGCACAAAUACUCUUGGAAAAAUGCAUACACCCUGCUGACAUACCUCCUGCCAAGUUGGGAGAAAUGAUUGAAACUGCUUAUGGGGAAAACUUUGCCUGCUCAAAAAUUGCCCCUGUCAGGCACCUGUCAGGCAACCAGUUCAUCCUGGAGUUGUUUCAUGGACCAACAGGAUCAUUUAAAGAUCUGUCUUUACAGCUUAUGCCUCAUAUUUUUGCACAUUGCAUUCCACCAAGUUGCAAUUACAUGAUACUUGUGGCCACCUCAGGAGACACAGGGAGUGCAGUCUUAAAUGGCUUUAGUCGUCUUAAUAACAAUGACAAGCAAAGAAUAGCUGUGGCCACAUUUUUUCCUGAGAAUGGAGUAAGUGAAUUUCAGAAAGCACAAAUAAUUGGCAAUCAGCAAGAAAAUGGAUGGGCUGUAGGUGUCAAGUCAGAUUUUGAUUUUUGCCAGACAUCUAUAAAGAGAAUCUUUAAAGAUUCCGAUUUUACUGGCUUUCUUACUGUGGAAUAUGGAACUGUCUUAAGUUCAGCUAAUUCCAUAAACUGGGGCCGACUGCUUCCCCAAGUAGUUUAUCAUGCUUCUGCAUACCUUGAUCUCGUUAGCCAAGGAUUUAUUUCUUUUGGAAGCCCAGUUGAUGUCUGUAUUCCCACAGGAAACUUUGGUAACAUUUUAGCAGCGGUGUAUGCCAAAAUGAUGGGAAUCCCUAUUCGAAAAUUUAUUUGUGCUUCUAAUCAGAACCAUGUUUUGACUGAUUUUAUAAAAACAGGACAUUAUGAUCUAAGAGAAAGAAAAUUAGCACAAACCUUUUCACCAGCAAUAGAUAUUCUCAAAUCUUCAAACCUGGAACGCCAUUUACACUUGAUGGCUAAUAAGGAUGGACAAUUAAUGACAAGAUUAUUUAAUCAAUUAGAAGAGCAGCAUCACUUUCAGAUAGAAAAGAUCCUAGUUGAGAAACUUCAGCAGGACUUCGCAGCCGACUGGUGCUCUGAGGGAGAGUGCCUCGCAGCUAUCCACUCUACCUACAAUACUUCGGGGUAUAUUUUGGAUCCACACACUGCUGUUGCAAAAGUAGUUGCAGACAGAAUGCAAGACAAAACUUGCCCAGUUAUUGUCUCAUCGACAGCUCAUUACUCAAAGUUUGCACCUACUAUCAUGCAGGCUUUAAAGAUCAAAGAGAUCAACCAGACUUCAUCAAGUCAGGUUUAUCUACUGAGUUCCUACAAUGCGUUACCUCCCCCACAUGCAGCUUUAUUAGAGAGGACGAAACAGCCAGAGAAGAUGGAGUACCAGGUCUGUGCCGCCGAUGUGAGUGUCCUGAAGAGUCAUGUGGAAAAACUGGUACAAAAUCAAUUCAUGUAAGUUUUCUUGAGUAAAAAUUUCUUUCUGGUGAUAAGCAUGCAAUAAUAAAUCACAAAAGUUGAUGUGGAGUAAAGUUAGCAUUUUGUUUUUAAUGUAAAGAUGUAUGUCUAUAUGUAGAAGGUUAUCUUAGAAUUUCAAUAACCUAAUCUCUAGGUCUGAAUAUUAUCCCUGCACAUGCUCCUUGGAUCCUUAAUCUAGAAGGGACAAAAAGGCAGCAUAGGGCUUUGACCCUUGUGCUUUGCACUCAUGAGGGGGAUAUCAGUUUCUAAUCCCUCAUCCCCACUUUUAAGUGGACCAAAAUGUCUGGUAUUUGAUUUGGCAAUUAAAAUAUUCAAGCAUGACUGUUAUGUAGUACAUCUAUAACCAUAACUAGUUUUCUAUUGACUAGAAAGAUAAUUUACCACGCUAAUGGUUAACAUGUAUGGGGGAAGUAGUACAUUCACCCACUAAGAAAGGGUUACUGUUGUUGGAGUUUCCUUAUGGGUCAGGGGGUUAAGAACCUGAUGUCACUGUGGCAAAGGUUGGAUUCCUGACCCGGGAACUUCCACAUGCCUCAGGCAUGGCCAAACCAAAAAACAACCCCCACAAGUGUGCAUGUAUUUAAUUUUUCCUUCUUUGUGGUAACAAUACAUUAUAACCAUGGUUUAUAUUUAUGAAUUGCCUGAAUAUUUUAUUUCUGAAUUAAAGAUUAUCACUGAAAAGACCUGUUAGUGUAACGGAAUACUCUCAACCACAAGAUGGCAUUCCUAAUGUAAUUUGUCUUUGCUGAUAACAUUCUGCUUCAUUUUCUGAGGAGAACUGCUUCCAUAAACAAACAUAUUACAAAUUGUCAAAAAAAAAAAGAGAAUUACAAUAGUUAAAUGAGCAGAAAUAAUUUGUUUAAAAAUUUAAAAAAUUAAACCAAUUAUGUUAACUUUGGCUUCUAAAAAGUACAUUGAAAACCAAAAGUUGAAAACCAAGAGCAGUUACAAGAAAAUAAUGGAGGAUUCAAAGUUCACUGGAGUUCCCAUCAUGGCUCAAUGGUUAACGGAUCCAACUAGGAACCAUGAGAUUGCGGGUUCGAUCCCUGGUCUUGCUUAGUGGGUUGAGGAUCCGGCGUUGCCGUGAGCUGUGGUGUAGGUCACAGAUGCGGCUGGCUUGGAUCCCGAGCUGCUGUGGCUCUGGUGUGGGCCAGCGGCUACAGCUCUGAUUAGACCCCUAGCCUGGGAACCUCCAUAUGCUGAGGGUGUGGCCCUAGAAAAGACAAAAAAAAAAAAAAAAAAAAAAAAAAAAAAGUUCACUUAUUCUUGUAUGUCUUAUGUAUUUUUUCAUUUGCUUUUAAGGAUAUUUCUUUCAGCAAAUGAUGCAUUUAGAAAAUGCCUGUAAAAUUUCCUGUGUGUAUGAGAAUGCACAAUUUUUCUGAAAGUGAGAGGGACGGUGUUUAAAAAAGAAAAAAAAGACAUGACUUUUGCCCACACGAACUGUAGUGAAGGAGACAACAUAAAACAUUAAAUCAUGUUUUAACACAGAACAGUUAUUGCGAGAUAGUUUACGAGUAAGUGAAAAAUGAGUGAUACAGUCAAGAGCUAUAAGAUUUAAAAAGGAAGGGACCAGUCAGAAAAGGCUUCGCAUAGGACAUAGAGCAUGAUGUUGGAUGGCAAGAUUUUCCAGGCGGAAAGGAGGGGAAAUACAUUCUAGGCAGAGAUAAGGGAAGUAGGUAUGGUGAGUUGUUCAAGAGAACACUUAAAACUAUGCUUGGUUUUGUUCUCCAUCCAAUACUUGCUGUCACUUUUUUUUGGAAACCAAUCCUAGACCUUCUCUCUCACCUAAGUCUCACCUUGCCUAAGUCCAGAGGAAUACGCCAUCAGUUAAGACAUAGUUUCCCAUCAUCAAAUGUCUAAAUUUCCUGCACCUGUUUCAUGACUUCCGGUGUAUCUUGGCUUCUCUUCCCUUCAGAAUACUCGCAUCCCUUGCACCAUCGGUUGUCUCCUCUGCUGUUUCUUCAACUUCUCCCCUCUGAUGGAUCCCUUCUUUCUGUGCCUUCAGGUGCUCUCUUUUCACAUCUUAAAAAGUGUAAGAGCAAAACAAAACUCUAAACAUCCACAUGCCCCCCCCACUACUCUUUUAUUUCUUUAUGCUCCAAUGAAGACCAACCCUCUUCAAAAAAAGGCUACGUAUUUGGUCUAUAUAUUUGUCUACAUAUUUGGUCUCCACUUUCUUGCCUCUCAUUUUCCCCAGUGUGUGGAGAGGACAUGUUCAGUUUAAGGAGGAAUAGUGGCUCCCCACCGUGCUUUCAGAGUAGAACAUUCCUCAUCUGACACCCACUGUGGCUUUUCUCUGAUUACAUACAUGUCUUUCCCUCAGAGGUAGCCACUAUCCUAAAUUUUCUGUUCAUCAUUUCCUUGUUUGUAUUUACAGUUUUGCACUGUUUAGUUCUGCGUUUAGAAUAUUUUAUGCAAAUGGAAUUAUACUAUAUAUAAGGUCUUCUAUCCUUCUUUUAUUCAAAAACUUUAAAAUUGAACCAUGCUGACAAACUUUUAUUACUGUAUAAUAUUAUACAGUACGAAUACCAUAAUUUAUCCAUUUGCCAGUUAGUGGACAUUUAGAUUGUCUACUAUUUGUCUGUUCUUACAUCCAGGGGGUAUACCAUUUUGUUGUAAAAUUUGUGUUGAAGACUAGUGAACGUGGACUUCUAAACUUUUGUGGUCCUAAUGACAUGUAAAAAUAGAUUUCAUAUUUUGCCUCUAUUAAAAAUGUAUGGCUUGUUAAUGAUAUGAAAAACUGUUAUCAAGUCUAAGGCUAUGGUUAUAAUUUCUACUUUUCACAAUCUUUGAAAUUAUUUUACAAUGUCAGUAUAUAGUGAAUUUGUAAGUUUUUUGAGAAAAAGGCAGUGAGAUUUUAAAAUUACAUAUUAAUGGAAAUUGUAAAAUAUUUUUCAUCAAAAUAGAGUUUAGAAUAUAAAUUAUUCUGUUUGAAGUUUUUGUUAAUAGCAUUAAUAGCUUUUAAUAGUAAUUCAGUUUUGAAAAUAAUAACUUAUGGCAAAUACUGUUUCUUUCAAUCCAUUAAAUCAUUUAUAAACAUUUAAACUACUUAAUGUUAAGAAAAAAGUAGCUUCAUGUGAGCCUCAAACUCAUGGAAACAAAGUUUUUGUGCAUCCAGAAACACGAAUAAAGUCUAUGUAUGAAAAUA